AUGAUUUAUCUUUCUUUCUUUCUAUCUAUCUAUCACAUUCUGUUAAUAUCUAUCUCAUUCUGUUCAUUAUCUAUCUAUCUAUCUAUCUAUCACACACUGUUCGUAUCUAAAUAUCUAUCUAAAUCUAUCUAUCUAUCACACCUGUUCGUAUCCAUUCAUCUAACUCACUCUGUUGCAUUCAUCUAUCUAUCCAUCUAUCUAUCUAUCUAUCUCACAGUGUUCGUAUCUAUUCAUGUAUCUAUUCAUUCAUCUAUCUAUCUAUCUCAGACUGUUCGUAUCUAUCUAUCUAUCUAUUCAUCUAUCAUCUAUCUAUUCAUCACACUCUGUUCGUAUCUAUCUAUUCAUCUGUCUGUAUCUAUUCAUCUAUCUAUCUAUUCAUUCAUUCAUCUAUCUAUCUAUCUCUGUUCGUAUUCAUUAUUAUCUAUCUAUCUAUUCAUUCUAUCCAUCUAUCUAUCCAUUCAUCUAUCUAUCUAUCUCACAGUGUUCGUAUUCAUCUAUCCAUCUAUCUAUCUAACUAUCUAUCUAUCUAUCUCAGACUGUUCGUAUCUAUCAUUUCAUCAUCUAUCUAUCUAUCUAUCAUUCAUCUAUCUAUCACACUCUGUUCGUAUUCAUCUAUCUAUCUAUCUAACUCAUUCAUCUAUCUAUCAUCUAUCUAUCUACAUUGUUCGUAUCUAUCUAUCUAUCACACACUAUUCUAUCUAUCACAUCUAUCUUCAUUCAUUCAUCUAUCUAUCUAUCAUCUAUCUAUCUAUCAUCUAUUCAUUAUCUAUCUAUCUAUCUAUCUAUCAUUAUAUCUAUUCAUCUAUCUAUCAUUAUUCAUCAUCAAUCAUCUGUUUUUUUCUCCAGUUUUGGGAACGAAAGAAAAAAGUGACUGAUGAGACGGAAAAAUGA